AUGGAUCCAGCUGUCCGGCAACAGUCAGUGAACUGGUGGUCACUGUGCCCAGGAAGGGACCUCGCCACGCAGGGCCACGCACCGCGGGACCGCCGCCCCCAGCCCCCCGGGCCCACUCACCGGCUCGCUGGGCAGCGGGCAGCCCGGGCUCGCGGCGCGCACGCCGGCCGGGCCCUGUGCACACACGUGACGUGCGCCCGCCCCGCCGGUAACCGGAGCCGGCCCCGCCUCGCGCACGGCCCGCACCUGGGAGCGGCCGCGGUGCGGGCUGGCCUGGAGGUGCUGAGUCACCGGGAACCGCGGGGACCCCGCCCGGCGCUUGCGUCACCGCCCAGCCGGCUGGAUCUGGAUCCCGAGCCGCCGAGCGCACAUGCGCAGUGCGCGGGCGCUGCGGAGGGCAGCGGAGCGGGCGGCAGGUGCGGCGGCGCUCGCGUUGCUGGGCCGGUCUCCGGCAGCGCCCGCGCGCCCCACGGCCUGGACGCGGAGGAUGCCGACCCCACCCUGACCCCAGAGGAGAAGAGGGUCCUGGAGCGGAAGCUCAAGAAGGAACGCAAGAAGGAGGAGAGGAAGCGGCUGCGGGAGGCAGGGCAGGCGGCCCCGGCGCAGCGCUCGGGCGCAGAGCUGGCCCUGGACUACCUGUGUGGGUGGGCCCAGAAGCAGGCGGGCUGGCGGUUCCAGAAGACGCGGCAGACGUGGCUCCUGCAGCACAUGUUUGACCAGGACAAGGUCCCUGACCAGCACUUCCCCACACUGCUGGCCUACCUGGAGGGGCUGCGGGGCAGAGCCCGUGAGCUGACCGUGCUCAAGGCCGAAGCCCUGAUGCAAGAGCUGGACGCAGCGGAUGAGACUCACGACUCCCCGGGCAAGGUGCAGCGCCUGCGGCAGGUGCUGCAGCUGCUGUCCUAGCAGGCGGAUGGCAGACACCUGCGCCCUGG